AUGACUCGGCGUGCAGCAAACAAGACCCUGCAAAUCCUGGAUGCAGCGGAAAAAGGCCAAUAUGGCGUUCUGGCAGCAAUUGCUUAUAACGUCGAACAUAUCACUGCAUUUGUCCGAGCAGCUGAAAACCGCAAGUCGCCGUUAAUCAUACAAUUAUUCCCUUCGGCGCUGACCCAAACACCGUCGCUUGUUCAUGCAGCUGCAGCCGCAGCGAGAGCAGCCUCCGUUCCUAUCUCACUUCAUCUUGACCACGCACAAAACUAUGAUCAAAUCAAAGAGAUAGCGGACAGUCUACCGUUUGACUCGAUAAUGGUAGAUAUGAGUCAUUAUGAGAAGGAGGAAAACUUGGAAAGAACCGCAGCUUUGCGUGAAUAUUGUCACGCGAGAGGGAUAUCGACAGAGGCCGAGACGGGGCGAAUCGAAGGUGGCGAAGAUGGAAUUAUGGAUACAGGUGACCUGGAAGGAAUCUUAACUAGUCCUGAAGAUGUAGAAGACUUCAUACGUGCAGGGGUUGACUAUCUGGCUCCGAGCGUUGGCAACCUCCACGGUGAUUAUGGUCCCAAAGGACCUCAACCAGAUAUGGACCGGCUUCGCGGAAUUUUUAAAGCACUGGAUGGGCGUUCCCGGUUGGUGUUACAUGGAACUAACGACUUUUCCCCGGAGCUGUCGAGGGCGUGCAUUCAAGCAGGUGUCACCAAGUUCAACGUCAACAAACUUGUUUUGGACCCGUGGUAUGACUAUAUUAGGGCUAAUAUCACCAAGCCGAUAACGCAGGUGAUUGAUGAGGGGAUUGAGGUUCUUAUACAGUCGAUGGAGCGGUGGAUGGACAUAAUGGGCAGCAGUGGAAAGGCAGAAUAG